AUGAUACGAUCUAUCCCAAGAAAGCGUCUUCUAUUAGGCGACGUUGAACGAGUACCACUUACUCCAGAAAAGAUUGACUUCAGCGACAUUAGUACGCCGCAAAAAUUCAAAAUGAACAGCCCAACCAAAUUCACUCCUCCUAUAAAGCGAUCACGUCUGGAACAUACUUUCGAUGGAGAAUUUAAGGGAUCACUAGACACAGCUUUGAAAGGGCUAAGUCAAACACAGCUUAUACACAUGAUAAAGAAAAUAACUCACAAACAUCCAGACGUUGAACAAGACAUACGAAAAGAAAUGCCAACACCAGAUUUAUCACCUUUGGAGGAAAAACUUAGUUAUCUUAAAUCCAACAUAUUUAAAAGCCUUCCGACAUCGCGUUUGACAUCUAAGACUGACUCCCCCGCUUAUUCGCGGGUCGCAACCCAUCUUGCUGCUUUUAAAAAGUGCCUCAUUGAGCAAGGGAAGGUUUUGGUUGAUUCUCAACACUGGGAAACUGUUAUGAAAUAUGUUUUUCUCGCUUCGAGUUAUGUUAGGGCUACACCCGUGUGGGACAAUCAGCCACAUAACGCGCAGCGAAAGCAAUGUUUUAAAGCGCUAACUUAUUUCUGUAUGACGGCACUUAAAAAGGGCGAUUUUGAUAAUUAUUUCAUGGCCGAUGUUCAAGAUAAGUUACAAGGCAUGGAAGCCGAUAGUGAAGAGGUCCAAUAUUGCCUUAAAUAUGUUCAAGGGCAUUUGCGCGAUCAUUAGUUAAAUGAAUGUAUUGUAUUGUAUUGAAUGCAGGCUGGAACUUUUUAACGAAGUGGUAAUAUUUGUAUACCACAAGUGGACUGUGUUGUUUAGAAUUCUCUCAACCCACAGUAGUUCUGAAAUAAAUAAUACGAUUUAAAGUAGAAAAAC